AUGGGAAGAGUGAAGCUUCAGAUCAAGAGAAUUGAGAAUACAACAAAUAGGCAGGUCACUUUCUCAAAAAGAAGGAAUGGUCUAAUCAAGAAAGCUUAUGAGCUUUCUGUACUUUGUGAUGUUGAUGUUGCUCUCAUCAUGUUUUCCCCUUCUGGAAGACUCAGCAUCUUCUCUGGGAAUAAAAGCAUUGAGGAUGUGAUGGCAAGAUAUGUGAAUCUUCCCGAGCACGAGCGAGGAAGGCUUCAUAAACAAGAGUAUCUACAAAAAGCACUAGGCAAGUUGAAAUCUGAGGCGGAUAGAAUUAACAAAGAUGUCAGCCCAGUAAGCGUUGAUUCUCAAGUGGAGGUGAUUCAGCAAGAAAUUAUGAGAUGCAAGUCCCAAAUAGAAGAUAUGGAGAAACGACUUCGAAUGUAUGAAGGUGACCCUUGGGAAAUAGAUACAGUUUGUGAGGCUGAGUAUAGGGAACAAGUUCUCGAGGAAACACUUAAGCAGGUUAGAACACGGAAGGUGAAUUUAGCUCACCAAAAUGUAAAUGGGUUCACCAUAACAACCCCAAACAACACCCUCGUAGAUUGGCUGUCGCAAAGCGACCAUCAUCAUCAUCAAAUCCCGGCUCCAGCAGCAGGGCUUAAUUUCUUGGAUCAUGCAGAGCUUCUUCCCCUAAGAGAUGAUGGCCAAACACAAGGAAUGGUGAAUAUGUUGCCAUCAGCCGCAACAGCAGCAGCAUCUUUAACUCUUCCAAGUAGCACACAAACAGACAUGCAUCAUCAUCAUCAGCCUCAUGUUAACAGUCCAAACAGCCGGAUCGAGGAUGACCCACAACUUCAUCGUCCCGAAUUCGGACAAAUCAAUCUUGACGUUAAUCCUUCCCCUUGGGCUCCUCCAGUUGUACCAUAUCCCACAGGAAGUGAUACGUUUCCCGGUGGACAACAUAGAGAAGGAGCGCUUCUUGAGCUGUUCUUGUCUCAACUUGCACCCGUGCAUCCUAAUCAGAUUGAUGAUCUUCAGUAA